AUGGCGCUUCUUACCGAGAAGGCGCUGGUCAACUACGAGGAGCAGGAAGCUGCCUUUGUUGACUUCCUCAAGCACUUCAAGUCCUCGUCGACCGAGGCGGAAGAGCAGCUGGAGAGCCUGACCCUCGGCGCCAACGCCAACGCCAACGCCAACGCCAAGGGCAAUGCCAACGACGACGAGUAUGACAUGGUUGACCAGUCGGACGACCCAGCGCCCGGCCCGCAACGCAACCGCCCAUCCAAGUUCAAGUACAUGGACAUCCUGCAGGACGUAGCGAACCGCGUGCGCAGCGACAUUCUGAUUGACCUGAACGACAUCGAGGCAUACGAGAUGGCCGCCAUGGAUGAAGACAACAACUACAGGCUAGUCGAGUCAAUCGAGCGCAAUGCACACCACUACCUCGAGAUUCUCUCUCGCGCAGUAGACAAAUGCCUGCCACCACCGACAAGAGACAUCAACUUCAAGGACGAUGUCCUGGACGUGAUCAUGACACAGCGAUCGAAACGCAAUGAGAGAAUACAAGAGCUGCAGGGGGUCGAGGACACCACCCAGGCUGCACCAGAGUCCAUCUUCCCCGCAGCCUUGACUCGACGAUACACGCUCAACUUUGCACCCAGGAUAGCAUCUGGCUCCAGCAGCCAGCGGCCCAUCAAGGCUCUUGCCGUCCGCAACGUCAAGGGAGAGCACCUCGGCCACCUCAUCACCGUCCGUGGAAUCGCGACCAGGGUCUCGGACGUAAAGCCAGCCGUGCUGGUCAAUGCCUACUCCUGCGAUCGUUGCGGAAGCGAGGUUUUCCAGCCUGUCAGCACAAAACAGUUCACUCCGCUCGUCGAGUGCCCUUCAGAAGACUGCAAGAACAACAAGACCAAGGGCCAGCUUUUCCUGUCUACUCGCGCCUCCAAAUUCCUCCCCUUCCAGGAAGUCAAGAUCCAGGAGAUGGCUGAUCAGGUGCCUGUUGGUCACAUCCCUCGACAGCUGACAAUCCACUGCCACGGCGCUCUGGUGCGCAAGAUCAAUCCCGGUGACGUUGUCGACGUUGCGGGUAUCUUCCUUCCUACACCGUACACCGGCUUCAAGGCAAUUCGCGCUGGGCUGCUUACAGAUACCUAUCUGGAGGCGCAGUUCGUGAUGCAGCACAAGAAGGCUUACGAUGACAUGAUCCUUGCCCAGCCAACACUGAAGAGGAUGAACGAGCUGGAGAGGACCGGUCAGCUGUACGAAUACCUUUCGCGUUCGAUUGCCCCCGAAAUCUUUGGUCAUGUCGACGUGAAGAAAGCCUUGCUCUUGCAACUGAUUGGUGGUGUUACCAAGGAAGUCAAGGACGGUAUGCGCAUCCGUGGCGAUAUCAACGUCUGCUUGAUGGGUGAUCCUGGUGUUGCCAAAUCGCAACUGCUGAAGUACAUCACCAAAGUGGCCCCUCGAGGUGUCUACACGACAGGUCGUGGCAGCAGUGGCGUGGGUCUCACUGCCGCUGUCAUGCGCGACCCUGUGACGGACGAGAUGGUCCUCGAGGGCGGUGCUCUGGUCCUGGCGGACAAUGGCAUGUGCUGUAUUGAUGAGUUUGACAAGAUGGACGACAGUGACCGAACUGCAAUUCACGAAGUCAUGGAACAGCAGACGAUCUCGAUCAGCAAGGCUGGCAUCACCACCACGCUCAACGCCCGCACAUCGAUUCUCGCCGCCGCCAACCCUCUGUAUGGCCGAUACAACCCUCGCAUCUCGCCUGUCGAGAACAUCAACCUCCCCGCAGCACUCUUGUCUCGUUUCGAUGUUCUAUUCCUUAUUCUUGAUACCCCUUCGCGAGACUCUGAUGAGGAGCUUGCGCGUCACGUUGCUUACGUUCACAUGCACAACGCUCAUCCUGAGCCUGCUGGAGGUGUUGUGUUCAGCCCAGCUGAAGUCCGCCAGUGGGUUGCUCGCGCACGCUCGUACAGGCCCACCGUGCCCAAGGAGGUCUCUGAUUACAUGGUCGGCGCGUAUGUUCGCAUGCGCCAACAGCAAAAGCGCGACGAGAACUCAAAGAAGGCCUUCACCCAUACUUCGCCUCGUACCCUGCUUGGUGUACUGCGUCUUGCACAAGCUCUGGCCCGUCUACGAUUCGCCGAGGAGGUCAUCUCGGAGGAUGUUGACGAGGCAUUGCGUCUCACGGAAGUCAGCAAGGCUAGCUUGUACGCCGACGAGAACCGCAGGGAUGAUCACACCCCCAGCAGCAAGAUCUACCACCUCAUCAAGUCUAUGGAGGCCAGUGGAGCUGCGGCUGUUGGUGACGGCACACGAGGAGAACUGGAUCUUCGCAGGGUCAGGGAACGAGUUUUGGCCAAGGGCUUUACCGCCGACCAGUUCGAGCAGGCCAUCGACGAAUACUCUUUGCUCGAUGUCUGGCAAACGACUGGCGAAGGCACUCGCCUUGUUUUCAUCGAAGCUGGUAACGAAGACGAAGACAUGGAUGCAGACAACGACUUUUGA